GCACUUUUGCCCAUUUUUAACAAUAUUAUAUUUCAUGACUAGUUCAAUAAAUGCACACAGAACACUUCACCACAUACCCAAACCAAAUUUCACUUCUCUCUUGUUUUUCAUACCCAUUUCCACUUACUUACACAUUUUGAUGGCCAAAUUUGGGUACAUUUGGUCUCUUUUCAUUCUUCUACUUGUUCUUAAUGCUAUUACACAAACACUUUGUCAUACAAAAGGCUUGCAACCAAAAAGAAACACAUGGAAGCAAUUAGGGGCAAAUUUAACACAAACCCAAUACUCAGAACAACAGUUUAUGAAAUGGGUUAAUUUUGUUGGAAGUUUAAAGCAUUCCCUUUUUUCCACUGCUAAGAACAAGCUUUUCCCUUCUUAUAUGAUCACUGUUGACAAGAAUCCAGCAAGAGGAGAUUUCACCACCAUUCAACAAGCUAUUGAUUCUCUCCCUUUUGUGAAUCUUGUUAGAGUUGUUAUCAAAGUUCAUGCAGGAGUUUACAAGGAGAAGGUAAAUAUACCUCCGCUAAAAUCCUUCAUAACAGUAGAAGGUGAAGGUGCUGAAAAAACCGUUGUGCAAUGGGGUGAUACGGCUCAGACCAUCGGCACCAAAGGUCAAGCUGUUGGCACGUUUGGCUCAGCCACUUUUGCUGUCAAUUCCCCCUAUUUCAUUGCCAAAAACAUCACAUUUCAGAACACGACACCGGUGCCAAAACCAGGAGCCAUAGGAAAACAAGCAGUGGCGUUUAGAAUAUCAGCAGACACAGCCGCGUUCGUAGGUUGUAGAUUUUUGGGUGCACAAGACACACUUUAUGAUCACUUGGGUAGACAUUAUUACAAGGAUUGUUAUAUUGAAGGCUCUGUUGACUUCAUUUUUGGCAAUGGUCUUUCUCUUUUCGAGGGGUGUCAAGUCCAUGCGAUAGCACCAGUAACAGGUGCAGUAACAGCACAAGGAAGAAGCAGUUUGCUAGAAGACACAGGGUUCUCCUUCUUGAGAUGUAAGGUGACCGGGUCGGGUGCCCUUUACCUAGGGAGGGCAUGGGGUCCCUUCUCUAGGGUCGUCUUUGCAUAUACGUAUAUGGACAACAUCAUUAUUCCUAAAGGCUGGUACAAUUGGGGUGACCCUAAUCGUGAAAUGACUGUGUACUAUGGGCAAUACAAAUGUAGUGGGCCAGGGGCAACAUUUGCAGGGAGAGUGUCAUGGUCAAGAGAGCUUACUGAUGAAGAAGCUAAACCUUUUCUUUCACUUACCUUCAUUGAUGGUUUUGAAUGGAUUAAAUUGUAACAAUUUCAUCAUCAUCAUCUUUGUUGUAUAUAUUUUGUCAAUAAUGAUUUAAAAGUUCAAUUUGUGUUGAAGAAGGUGAUUCAAACACCAAAUCGACCAUUAUAAGAAAAGAUCUCCUUUCAAUCUGAGAUUUUGAGUCGGUUGAAGGAGGUUAAGAGUUGGUUGAAAUAGAUUCCGAGUGUUUUAACUGAAAUAAAUUUUAGGUAACAUAUGUUUUUACAUGUAUCCGUUGAUUUUGAGUGUUUUUUUUUUUUUCAAGUGUGACGUUUUAUAUUGUAAUAAAUUGGUUUGAGUAUACAAUUUAAGUCUUGUAUAAUAGAUGAGAGAUUGAGAGCUAG